AAAGAAUAAAUUUGAAAAUAAUUUAAGAUAUAAUUAGCUUAACGUAAAUCGCAAUCCAUUAAAGAGAGAUUAUAUUUUGAGUAAUAUUUUUAUUGUGAUAGGCAGAUAAAAUCCAAACUAAAAAUUAUAACUUACAAUGAUUAUAUGUAAUAGUAGCAUGAAAGAAUUUUUUCAGCGUGCAGAACUGAAAGAACAAAAUGAUGAAAAGAAGAUACAAGAAAACAAAAAUUUUAGAAGCGGAACGACCAAGGAGAAAGAAAUAAAAUGCGAAGAAGAUAUGAAAGAAGAUGAAGAAUUACUGAUACCACAUGGGAAUACGAUGUUUGGACUCUGUGCUAUUUGUCAUCUCGCUCUUGGAAAUAUAAAUUCUAAUUUUAGUCAAUAUAUUCCUUGUUCAAAGGGUCAUGCUGUGUGUCAACGUUGUAUUCAACACUUUGCGCUUCAAUCAGAUCCUGGCUGUAUUCUUUGUCAUGCACAGUAUCAACAAUCAAAUAUAAAUUUAUCGCGAGAAAGUAAUGUUAGUUUGAAUUCAAUAUACACGCAUCUAAAGAGAAUGCAAAUUCCACGACAACAAUUGGAAUAUUAUUCGAAGCAUCAUCAACAUUUACAGCAAUACAUCCCUAUUGACAUUGAGCAAUCAUAUAACAAGUCUUGGAAUCAAAAUUAUCCAUGUGCAACACAAAAUAUUGAAAGAAAUACAUUAGGAUAUUACAAUGAUUAUUUUGAAGAGAUAUCUGAUUAUGAUCAAAUUAAAGAACAAAAUAACAUGCGCGAACAACGAAACAAAAAUUGUGACAAACAGAGACGACAAAGUUAUUGUAAUUUAUUUAAAAAAGGAAAUACAGAGUCAUAUAUGUCUGAAGCAAAAGUUAGCGGACAAAUUAGCGCAGAAUGUUCUCGAAGACCGAUUCGCUGUCCACGAAUUGAUUGUGCCAUAAAUGUAGCUUUUUCAGCGUUAACUCAUCAUUUCAUUUUUGAUCAUCCAGAAGUACCUAUCCUGAAUGUAGAGCCAGGUAUUAAAAGUACACUCAUCGUCAGUUUUAGUGCCCUAUCUUCCAAUUCUAGUAGAUGUCUGGCUCUCCUUUUAGUUUCCGGUAAACUCUCAGAACCUGUUGCGAGAUUGUUUAAUGGUAGUCAAAUCAACCCAAAAUAUCGAAAUCGUUUACCAUUACCAGUAUUAGCUGCUCGGCUACAUUGUACAGAUCAAUGCAUACCUAAUGACAAGAUUAAUAAAAAGAAAAAUUUUCGUGAGAAAGAUAUAAUUAUCGCUUGGGUUGCUGGGCUGGAUAUUGGAAAUACAAACAAACUUUUAUGUAGUAUUCAGGCUGUAGACAAGAUUGAUAAUGAAGGCUUACGUUGCCUAACAUAUACAGGUCCAGUGAAUUCAUUAAGAACUGCUCAAUGUCCUCAAGACAUUUUUUCAACAGGUGAUUGCAUAGUUCUGCACGAAGGUCUUCUCAGUCACAUUACAUCAGAUUGUGCUACACUCAAUGUCAAUGUUACUGUGCAUUAAAUAUAUUACAAAUGUGAUAUAUUAAAUUAAA